GUACUCUUGUAAAAGAAGAGUCGUACUCUAAAGGGUAACAUAUUUUUGGUGCAGUACUCACAAGUGUGAACCACAGGCUCUGACCAUGGCGUCUCUCCCAACGGCAGCUGCAAUCGCUAAUGUUACAAAAACUGCCACCAAUGCCCGUUUGCUCUUCUUCUCCUCUUCCUUCUCUUCUUCACUCUCCCAUAAAUUCGCCCAUUCUCGCCCUUUCUUUGCUCUACGCCCAUAUCUUCAUAAGGAUAAGGUCCCCUCCAUUCAACAAACCAGAGGAACAAUCUCGAGAAGUGGUGCGCGGUUUCCAUUCUCAUUUUGCACUGCCUCAUCGACUGAGCCUGCCACUAGCGACGCCCCCAUUGCAUCGUCUUCAUCAUCGUCGGAUAAGGACGAUGGUAAUGACAACGAUGAUCCGGAAAAGAAGAUCAAGGAUGCGGCCGACAUGCUCGAUAUUAGGGUUGGCCGAAUCAUUAAGGCUUGGAGACAUCAGGAGGCUGAUUCUCUUUAUGUAGAAGAGGUUGAUGUUGGUGAACCCGAGCCGAGGCUUAUUUGCAGUGGCCUUGUUAAAUAUAUCCCUCUCGAUCAACUUCUGGAUAGAAGAGUUGUUGUCCUCGCAAAUUUGAAGCCAAGAAAUAUGCGGGGCAUCAAGUCAUCUGGAAUGCUAAUGGCUGCUUCUGAUUCAUUGCACGAGAACGUUGAGCUUCUUUUGCCCCCUGAAGACUCUAUUCCAGGUGAAAGAAUAUGGUUUGGAUCUGAAGAUGACAAAGAAAAACAACCCGAUGCUGCUACGGCCAACCAGAUUCAGAAGAAGAAAAUAUGGGAAAUGGUGCAGCCUCAUCUGAAGACAGAUGCUUCUUGCACUGCUGUGUUGGGUCCCCAUCCGAUGCGGACCUCCGCCGGCCUGGUCACCGCUACCUCCCUAAAACACGCAAACAUCUCUUGACUCUAUCACUUCCAUUCAUCUCUGGUAAGAUUACAUUAGUACUAUUGUUUUAUUUCGAUGUUUCGUGCUUUGGGACAAGUACUUGAAAAGAGUGCUUUCGGCUCUUUUGUAGUUGUGUUUGAUGGUAAUAAAACCAUACCAUCUUUCUCAUGUUAUUCUUUUUUGAAAACUGGGCUUGUUUCAAGGCCUAGCCAGCAAUAUUUAUUUUCACCCAAAGAUUUGAUCACACGAGCACUGAGUAGACGUUACUAAGAGCUUUGCAAGUCUUAGCCAGCAAUAUUUAUGUAACGUUAUUGGAUUAAAGAUAGAUAAGAAAUCAAGCAUUUGUAUAAUGGGAGAAGGUAUCCUACCCUUUUGUUUUUCUUUGUAAUACAACCCUUUUCAGGCUUUAAACAUUUUGCUUAA